AUGGGGGCUCUCAUUAAGCUCUACCUUGAUUUCAAGGAAAUUAUCACCGCGUUCUCUUAUUCAUGGUUUCCAGAAACAUUCAAAAUCAUCACACUUGCAACCUUUGUUUUCUUGAAUUCAUACAGACAAAGACAACUCGAAAGAAACAGGUACAAGGAAAAUAUAGACGAGAAGGGCUCCAAAUUUGUUUAUAGAAGAAUUAAAUAUUUAUUUAGAGAUGAAGAGUCACUUGAAUGUGCAAUUUGUUUAUCAGAAUUCAAGUAUGGAGAUCAAGGGAGAAAGCUUGAAGAUUGUAAUCAUAUGUUCCAUGAAAGUUGUUUGGAAAAAUGGUUAAUGCAUGGGAAGGGGCAAUCAACUUGUCCACUUUGUCGAAAUGUUGUAAUAUCUGAAAAUAUUUUUGAGAAAUUUAGGAAAGUCGAAUAUGAAGGAAGAAGAAAUAAUAUCUUUGAGGAAGAGUUGGCUCUGUUGUUGUUGUCUAGGUUGAGUAGUAGUCGUUCUUGUUGCCAACGGUGUUAA